AUGGCUCCGGCUCAGCAAGUGCGGCGUCCAUGUCUCGACAGUGCCCCUUUGAAUGGAGGUAUUCUGACUAGAGCUCUUAGCCCUUCCGUUCAGAUUCUUAUCAUCUCCGCCUCACUGUUCUUCAACCCUGGGUUGUACCUUGCGCUUCUGGGGGCCGGUGGCGGCCGUCCAUCAUCGACUACUAUGUCCAACAUCGCCAACGGGGUGCUCUAUGGCGUGUUCUCCUUCUCGGCCAUCGGCGCUGGCUCUCUGCUUAACACGAUCGGGCCACGAUGGACCCUGUUGUUCGGCAUUACGGGUUACCCCAUAUACCAAGGAGCACUUUGGUACUUCGACGUAUAUGGCCAUCUUUGGUUCCCGGUCUUUGCCGGCGCAUACCUUGGACUCAGCGCUGGUUGUUUGUGGACGACGGCCAUGUUCGCGGCAACGGCCUACCCCGAAGAGAGAGACAAGGGGAGCUGGCGCAGUAUUCAAUGGACUUUGAACAUUUCUGGAUCUGCCAUCGGAGCUGCUGUGGCGUUAGGGAUCUCCUGGAACUCAACACGAGAAGGAGUUCCUCAUUCGGUGUACAUUAUAUUCAUCGUGCUGCAGUGCUGUUCGAUGGCACUGACGCUGUUCGUCAAGUCGCCAGACAAACUGAGGCGCUCCGAUGGUACUGCUCUGGCGCGCUUCGACCGCAUGUCUCUACUCGAGACUCUUCGAGUGACGGGACAAUUGCUCAAGGACUGGCGCAUCCUGAUAAUGCUGCCAGCAUUCUUCACCCCUGAAAUGUUCUUCCCAUUCCAAUCGUCCAUGAAUGCAUACAUCUUCAACCUCCGUACCAGAACGCUGAAUACCUUGCUCAAUAAUUUGAUUCAAAUACCGACAGCCUUGGGUCUUGGCUUCUUGCUCGACAACGAGAAGCUAGGCAGUCGACGAAGGCGGGCCUUCAUUGGCAUCACGAUCGAUAUGAUAUGGAUAACGGGGACAUACAUCGCUCAAACAGUCUGGCUGUCGUCGUGGAACUUCGACCGAUCAGUCCCUGGCCCCAGCAUCGACUGCACCGAUCCGGUCUAUGCUGGCGCUGUGGUCAUUUACAUGCUUUACGCGGCGCAAUACGGCAUUUUCCAGAACAUGGUCAUAUACGUGAUCGGAACGUUGACGAACGAGCCACGAAAGACGGCCGCGGUGGGAGGCUUGUUCGUAGGAGUCCUUAGUGCUGGCACUACCGUCUCAUUUGGCGUGGACGCUACUUCUCAGCCGUACGAAAACGAAAACGCCGCAUAUUUUGCUUUGUCUUUGAUCACCUGGCCCAUCCUCUACUUUGUUGCUUGGAAGUAUACGACGCCUACAAACUACCUGCUGGAGGAUGAUGUGAUUGCACCUGUACAUGUAAGGGAGGAGCUGGGCGUGGAAGGUUCUCCAAGCACUGAGAUGGCGGAAAAGACUGAAUAUAUUAAAAAAGAAAAAGAGAACCACGUAUCGAAGGGCCCUUGA